AUGGCAGAUUCUUCUGCGGUUGCGGUUGCGCACCCUCGCUUCAUGGGAAUGCGAGGUAGAGCGCUGGACAUAACAGUUUCCAUCAUUGCGACGACUGGUUUCCUGCUUUUUGGAUAUGACCAGGGCGUCAUGUCUGGCAUCAUUUCAGCGGACCCAUUCAUGAAUUACUUCCCAGAAACUCUGCACAACUCGACUUGGCAAGGGUUCGUGACCGCGAUCUACGAGAUUGGCUGCUUGUUCGGAGCCAUAGCAAUGCUCAUUUUUGGUGACGCGCUCGGGCGACGGAAAGGAAUCAUGAUAGGCGCUGCGACUAUGAUCGUUGGUACCAUUAUACAAGUGACUGCUUUCAAGGGCCAUAAUGCCACCGCACAGUUCGUCAUCGGACGCAUUGUCACUGGUGUUGGCAAUGGCAUGAACACUGCUACAAUUCCCACAUACCAAGCCGAAUGCUCCAGGACGAAAAACCAUGGUCUCUUGAUCUGCAUCGAGGGCGGGGUCAUUGCCUUUGGUACGCUCAUCGCGUACUGGGUGGAUUAUGGAUGCUCGUACGGAAGCGACAACUUCACAUGGCGCUUCCCUAUCGCUUUCCAGAUCGUUUUCUGUAUUAUUCUCUUGGCUGGCAUGACCUGGCUUCCAGAGUCGCCACGUUGGCUUUUGACCAAGGAUCGACACGAGGACGCAGCCAAAGUGAUUGCGGCGCUCCGUGGGCAUGCUAUUGAUGACAGUGAGACACGCUUCGAAGCCCACAUCAUCAUGGACAGUAUCCGCGCGUCUGGCCACAAAGGAGGAAUCACACCAUUCAGCGCCCUCUUCACAAACGGAAAAACACAGCAUUUCCGACGGAUGAUGCUCGGCGCUUCAUCACAGCUCAUGCAGCAGAUUGGUGGCUGCAAUGCGGUCAUCUACUACUUUCCUCUCCUCUUCGAACACUCAAUCGGCGCUUCGCAUGAUCUGUCCCUGUUGCUCGGAGGUAUCAACAUGAUUGUCUAUUCGAUCUUUGCGACUACAUCUUGGUUCAUCAUCGAACGCACUGGUCGUCGCAAGCUAUUUCUGAUCGGUACCUGGGGGCAAGGCUUGUCCAUGGUUCUGGUGUUCGGUGCCCUCAUCCCGGGUACGCAAACUGCAGCGAAAGGCGCAGCUGUGGGCCUAUUCACAUACAUUGCAUUUUUCGCAGCGACAUGGCUUCCACUUCCAUGGCUAUACCCAGCAGAAGUAAACCCUGUAAAGACACGUGGCAAAGCAAACGCCAUCUCGACAUGCACUAACUGGCUAUCAAACUUCAUCGUCGUCAUGAUCACGCCUAUCAUGAUUGAUAACAUUGGGUGGGGCACCUACGUUUUUUUCGCAGCGAUGAAUGCGUGCUUCUUGCCCUUUAUCCAUAUCUUCUAUCCUGAGACCAAGCAGCGAAGCUUGGAGGAGAUUGACCUUAUCUUUGCCAAGGGCUUUGUGGAGAACAUGAGUUAUGUGAAGGCUGCGAAGGAGCUGCCAUUUUUGGAUCCCGUUGGCAUCGAGCAAAUGCAGAGAGAGUACGGUUUCUUUGAUGACGACACUCUUGAGGGCGGAAAGGAUGUUGGAGGGUUGGAAAAGGGUGAGGAAGCGACUGUUACUGAGACUCCACGUAUUUGA